UGAAAUAGAACUCUUGAAAAUAACCAAAUAUGAUUCAGUUCAAAGUUUCUGCGCCUGGAAAAGUUAUUCUUUAUGGAGAACAUGCUGUAGUAUAUGGAAGAACUGCUAUUGCAGCGAGUUUAGGUUUACGUACAAUUGCAGAUUUUUCUGAAUUGCCAGAAAUAGAACAACUGAUUAAAAUAUGUUUUCCUAAAGUAAAUUUAUUUAUAAACGUACCUUUGCAACAAGUACAAGAUUUUCUGUUGACUAACAAAAAUUUAAAGUGCACGGAAAAUUAUGAAGAAUUUUAUAAUAAAAUAAAAGAGUUUGUUGGUGCCAUUGGAUAUUUUCAUGUAAAACAAAAAUUAAGCUUGGAAGUUCUAUUUUAUCUUCUUAUUUACAUUAUACAAAACAAUGAACUUAAUAUAAAAGCAUUUCAAAUUCAGUUAAACACAGAAUUGUCAAUUAGUUCUGGUUUAGGUAGUUCUGCUUCAUUCGCAGUUUGUAUUGCUGCUUGUUUUUUGCAUUGGUCACACCUACAAAAAAAUAUUUCUAAAACAUUUGAUAUUUCUGAUUUAGAGAUUAUUUCAAAAUAUGCUCUAAGCAGUGAAAGAAUUAUGCAUGGUACUCCAUCUGGAAUAGAUAAUUCUAUCUGUACAUAUGGAUCCAUUAUAGAAUAUAAAAAGGAUAAUUAUAUAAAAACUAUAGGCGUUACACAAAUUAUGAAAAUUUUACUGGUGGAUACAAGAGUUAGCAGAAGCACAAAAGCAUUAGUAGAAAAAUUAGCAGAACUAAAAUACAUGUAUCCUGUUAUUAUCGAUUUAAUCAUGGAUUCAAUAGAUCAUAUAGCAAUUACGGCAAUUAAGGUUAUACAAAAAAUUAACAAUCCUGCGAAUACCGAUAAUGAAACACUAUUUGAAGGAUACAGACAAUUAAUGACGCUCAUUAACAUGAAUCAAGGACUAUUAACUACGUGUCAGGUAUCACAUCCAUCUUUAGAUAGAAUUUGUGCAGAAGCACAAAAUUAUGCUUUAGCAGCAAAACUGACUGGUGCCGGCGGUGGCGGAUAUGCGUAUAUUUUAUUAUUACCAGACACUCAACCGGAAACAAUUGCAAGCAUUUCACGAAAAUUAAUUGCAGAUGGAUUUCCUGUCACAUUAACAACUUUAGGAGGUGCAGGUGUACAAAUUCAUAAAUAAUAACAAGUAAAUCAAUUUUAUCGUAUUUUCAACAGUAAUGCUUAAAAGAAUAUUUGUACCAUUUUUCUGUUUUAUGUAAAUUUUAUUAUUAUGUGAAUACAAAUAAAUAUUAUAUACUACGCCA